AUGGGUCAUGUAAUCAGGUCAUGUGACUUUAUGCCAACAUUCCAAACAUUUGUAUCAAAAUCCAAACUGGCAGCAUACGUGGACAAAGACACUGGCCAUGAGGGAAUUUCUGUCAGCAGUUUCUACAGUACAAGAAAGAGAGAGGUGAAGUCUGUAGUUUUGCCACCUGAUGGUUCAUCAGAUUCAGAGGAGGGAUCCAAUGAGGAAGUCGAGGAAGAUGAGCUGUAUAGGCCUACAGAGGGACAGUGUGAGGAUGACAGCAGCAGCAGUGACAAUUUGAAUGGCAGCUCUAGUCAUGAGGCCGAGGAAGGAGCAAAACAGAAUAAACAAGCAAACCAGAAUAAACGAGGGAAGAUGUUUAGUUGGAGAAAAACUGAGUUUGAGCACCAGUCCACUGCUACACAAAGCUGCUUCACUGCACCAGACGAGCUCUCCACUCCACUAAUGUACUUCUCCAAAUUCUUCGACAAGGACAUCUUUGAAGUCAUUGCUCAGCAGACAAACUUGUAUUCCUGUCAGCUCAUUGGAUGCAGCAUCAACACUAAUGUGUCUGAAAUCAAGGCUUUCAUUGGAAUGAAGCGGAUCAUGGGUAUAGUGAAAAUGCCUGCAAUGGAAAACUACUGGGCAACAGAUACAAGAUAUGAGAAAGUAGCAGAUGUCAUGCCACUCAAGAGGUACAAAUGUUUAUCCAGGAUGCUCCACUUUCAAGACAACAUGAGCUCUGAGUCCAGUGAAGAUGUACUGGACCACAUGAGGAGCAAGUGCAUGGAAUUGGAGAGUGAGAACCAGUUCUCAAUUGAUGAAAUGAUGGUUCCUUACAAAGGAAAAAAAAAAGCUGGAAGUCUGCGGCAGUAUCUACCCAGUAAACCCAAAAAUGGGAUUGGAACACAUCUAAAAGAUUCUAUGGGCCUCAGAAGUUCGGGCACUAUUCGAAAGAACCGCUUGAUGGGUUGCAGGGUAGAAGAAGAUCGAGACCUCCUACGAAGAGGAAGAGGCAGCUUCGACUUUCGUGUUGACAACGAUGCAAAGCUGGCUGUGGUCAAAUGGGCCGACAACAAAACAGACACUUUGGUGAGCUCCUGUGCGUCUGUCAACCCUGUUGGCCAAGUGAGACGCUACUCUAAAGAGGAGAAGAGAAAGAUAAGUGUGCCAUGCCCCAAGAUUGUGUCUGAAUACAAUACUCACAUGGGAGGAGUGGAUUUGGCAGAUAUGAUGAUUGCCCUGUAUCGCACUCCAGCAAAGUCCCAUCGGUGGUACAUGGGCAUAUAUUGGCAGAUAGUUGACAUUGCUGUCAAUAACGCAUGGCUCCUCCACCGGCAUGAUGCAGCAGCUCUUGGUCAGAAACACCAGUGUCUGAAGGACUUUAGGCUGGAUGCUGCCAGGGGACUCAUCUACCUUGAAAAGCAGAAAAGGGGACGGCCAUCCAAAGGAAAUGAAGACAAUACGCCACAAAAAGUGAUCAAACAGCCAAAGGUUCCCAGGCCAGUGGAUGAUAUGAGGUAUGACAGGAUUGACCACUUCCCUAUCCUGUCAGUGAAAGGCCGAUGCAGGAUGUGCCAGGAUGGGCAGACAUCCAUCAUGUGUCAGAAGUGCAAAAUAGAAGACACCUGUUUCAGCAUGACACUUUUCAGGGAGGGCUACUCAGAGGGUACAGAUCCCACACAGGGCCGACCCAACGCAAAGAUCUGCACCCAGGUCUUAGGAGCAGGAAACACUGCCACAACCACAAGCCUGGUUAUGUUGCUACAGUUUCUGCUAUGGGGAGGGGUGUACACUCCAGGAGCUGCCUUCUAUAAAACUAGUCUCAUCGACCGCCUCCAUAACCACAGCAUCAAGUUUUCAGUCAGAGGCUACCAGUAA